AUGGAUGAUUCCUCCUGUCCACGACGAGUACGCGCGGGGGCGCAAACGACACCAGCGGAACUCGCUGAGUGCACCUCACGUCACUCACAGCAUCUAGGAAGACCCGCCGCGACUCCGAAUGCCGUGUCCCCCCUUAUUGCAACGCCAGCACGUGCUUACAGAUUUCCUGCAGCUCGUUUGCUAGUUCGGGAUUCAGAAUCGCCCCCGCCGUCUGGUCUUUCAGCGAGGACAAGAGCCGUAGUUCCUUCAAAUAGAAAUCCAGGUACAAAUGGAUUUUUCUUUGGGAGCGCCCACACACGUAAGGAUACGGUGGGGCUGCUGGUAAGUGAGACAGUUCCCCGAAGGAGAGGAGGAAACGGAAAGGCAUUUUCAAGAACGAACAGCAUGUUCCAAGGAAGGGAGAGUCUCGUUGGACACGCCCCGGGAAAAAACAAGAACGAUGAAAUGUCUCCAGUCAUGUGUCUUUCCGAGGCACUGAGCCUUCCUCGAGAACGUCGCGGUUCAAGGAGGAAAUCGAUGCCACUCUACUCGUCGGUGUCUCAACCCCGUCUUCGUCGAAAUGGUCCUGUGGGUUUAGUGCCGACCCAUUCUCCUGGUUCCCCUGCGUCUUCACUGUACUGCGCUCCUGUGCCUGCGCCGUGUCAACUGUCUCCGGACGUAGGUUUUUGGCCAGCAGAGCACAAGUCACACCAGGACGAAAACGGGGCUGAACGAACAGAACACUUCCGCAUCUCCAGCGCGAGCCUCGUUGGUGGACCUGAAGAAGACAGAAGCAAGUCUUUUGCGUCUGCGUUUUCUUCUCCUUUCCAAGCGUCAUCUUCUUCCCCGGCCGGAGACUCCCCUGCAAACUCCUCAUCCACCCCGCUCUCGACCCUCCACCGUUCGUCUUGUCUUUCGAAUCCUUCCUCAUUCACAGGAUUGUCGGAACCCGAUGGAAGCGCGGUCCCUCUUGAGAGUGCUUCCUGGUCCGCUGACUUUGCUUCGCAAAACGCUCUGUCUUCUUCGUCGUCUGUCUCGCCUCCUCUCUUCUCCGCUGCGCAACUGCCAACGGACAAGGGGGAGCAGGAGAAGCCGCCUCUGGCAGGAGCAAACCCUAUCCGUUCGGACGAUCGUGAUCCAUGUGUGUCGUACUCCCCUCAGACCCGCAUUCGCCCCUGUGCAGAGGCGCGUGGCUCUCCGUGCAGGCUUUCUCUGUCUCCUUCCCCUUCUAAAGGAAACAUACCGGAGUCUCGCCAGGAGGGGAAUUCACUAGACCCCGCAAGUUCCUGUUCGAUACAGGCGCCAGGAAGGCAUGCUUCUUCGCCUACGAGCCGUCCACGAGGAAGUCGACUCUCUCUCAUGUGUGAUGCUGUAUGCCCCCCUGCUGCUGUCCUUUCUGCUUCAUCCUCUCUUCGUCCUUCUUCCCGCCUUCCUCCGUCGACGCCCUCGUUUCUUCCGGAGUCUCUGCGCUUGCCUCCUUCUUGUCUGGAAAUCACCCGUCGCGUUUUGGAGGCGACUCUCCGCAACCGCCACCUGAGCGUAGAAGUGGCGGCGCCUCUGCUGGUAGAUGAGAACGAGUGGAUAGCGAGUCAGCUAGCCAGGUGCGUAGCUGACCUUCAGUUGCUGCUGUCCUGCGUCUGGGACGCCUGUACUUGCCCAGUUAUGGCCGCGGGGUCUAUCUUUUUCUUGGUUCUCAAAUCUGCCUCGCCUUCGCAGACCCCUCUUCCCGGUGACCCCUGGCGUGAACAGCGACCCAGCCGCUUGGCCCGCCGGCCAGGCCCACAAAGUCUCCUCGGGAGCGCCACGCAGUGUCUCGUCUCCGACUUCCCGCCCUCGCUAGAGGGCGGAUUGGUCACAAGAAAAGUGUCGCGUUUUGAGUUGUUGAAACCGACCUUCCGAGACACACACUUGGACGCAGGUUUCUUCCUUACACGUGGCAACGACUAUCGGCUCGGAGAGUCUGGCCGCUGGCGUAGACCAGGCAGUAAGACUAACGACGCAGAGAGAAAGAAGCGUGUGGAGAAACAGAGAGAACAGGAGGGAAGGCACACGAGGCGCCUCGAGGAGGAUCUCUCUUCAGCUCUCACUCCUUCCCACAGAAGCAGUGACCGAGGCCUGCCUACGCGGUGGAACGCGUCACCUGAGAGGCGGCUACAGAAAGCUACAGAUGCCGAGGGUCACAUCACACUCGCCGUGUAUCCGAAUGCAGAAGAGCGCAACGUUCUAGGUCAGCCGCGGCGCCCAUUUCCGGUGGAGCACGGAACAGGGGGAAACCCCUCGCACACGAACCUUUUCACUUCCGAAUUCCCGGUCAGGCCCCGUUCUUCUCGUCCUCUGCGCAUCCAGCCUGCGAGAGAGUACAUGGAGACAGUUCUGGCUUGGUGUGUAGCUCAGGUGCACUACGGGGAGUUGCUGAGGCGUCCCCCGCAGGCGGCUGCUCGACCCCGUGGGUUUUCGAUCCUUCCUUCUGAACUCGCCACUGCACUUGCCGCGGAGAAUCGAAAACCUCCUGCGCACUCCGUUUCACAUCCAGCGCACCCGCGCUCCGGAGCAACGCCAGAGACCCCGGCGGGAACUGCGACUGGCGUUCUGGAGGCAGGCGAAGAGCAGUCCCGAACCGCGGGAGGGAGUGGGGUAGAUGCGAAGGGAAAGCGCAGCGAGACAGUUGGGGAAAUCGACGGUCGUCUCUUCCCGGGGUGGACCCGCGGGGGACCUGUGGACCGAGACACCGCACGAGAGACAAAUGCGAGGCAAGGAGGCAGUUGCUGGCCUUCGAGAGGCGUCCAGUUUUCCGGCGAGUGCGAACGAGCAGCAAACCACAAUGGAGAAGAAAGACGUUUUAAAGAGAUUUCUCGCCGCAUGUGUCGCCGCGUCUUCCGGUGCUACGCUCACAUUUACCACUACCACUUGGAUUUGCUCUACACGUAUGAUGUCCUCGCACACGUGAAUCGCUGCUUCAAGUUUUUUCUCUUUUUCGCCCACAAGUUCCAACUCCUCACAGAUGCAGAUACUGAGCCGUUGCGAAACCUUGUCACGCAUAUCCUUACGACGCCCCCACGCCAUGGCGAGUGUCGUCCAGAAAGACGGUCUUCUUCGUUACCUUCCUGUGCCUCUCCACCGGUUUCGCGUUCCUUCUUCCUCAAAGAUCCCGGGACAGAACUCAAAGGGACCUACAGAGCAGCGGACUCAGGUCUGUAUUUGUGUGAACAGUCGACACGUCUGGAUCCGACCAGCCAGGCGAGCUUUUCUCCCGCUUUUCCACCGGCACAGGCGUCGGAGAAAGCAUCUUGGGGUCACGUGUCUCCGUCUGUGGAUGCCUCCACACCACAGAGUCUCUCGCCAGAGCCCCCCGGAGAAACGUCGCCUUGUUCUGCCCGUCCCGGUUCUCUCUUGUCUCCACUAGGAAAUGCUGCCUUUCCCGCCGAUGCCGAAGGACCACACGAGGCCGAUCUCUCUUUCCCGCUCGCAUCGCAGCCCUUUCACGAUACUCCACCGGCGCUUGAUGGCAUGCCUUCUGCCUCAACGCUGUGCGACCAGCCUGCUCCCUCUGCGUUUCCUUCCUCUUCCUCCGCUUCGUUCCCGUGCCGCACCUCUACCGGGAUGCACGAGAAGCCGUCCGAUGCGCAGGGGACGCCACAGACAGAGAGUGAUGCUGUCCCUCUACCUUGUCGCGCUUCGGAGGCGUCUUUGGAGACACCUGGGGGCAGGUCGUCUUCUUGCUGCUGUUCUUCCUGCUGCGCCUCUUGUUCCGGCCCUGAGUCUUGUGCACUCUGGUCCACGGGGAUGUCUGUGCCUUCAGCAGGCACUGCCGGAGAGAAAGGCGAACGCGGAGGGCGACACGGAACGGGAGAAUCGCCGGAAGAAAGAGAGGAAGAAGCGGAGACGAAGGAGCCAGACAUAGAGGGUGAAAGCAGGCGGCAGAAAGAAGAAGGGGUACACGCACUCCAGGUUCGACAAAAAGAAGCCGCGGCGCCCGCGCAUGCAGACGCAGACAGUGGAGCCUCUCCCGACGAGCCGGGCGACCAGAGAACGGAGGACGAUCAGGAGCGCGAUCUGAUGAGGGCUUUGGAAUGCGAUUUACGCCAGUCAGAAGACCAGAGGAGAGAGAUUGAAGAGGCCUUUACUGACAGGGGUGAUCUUUCCGCCUUCGAAGACCAGAAACAAGACUGGCCAGGCCUGCCAGGCUCUCUCAGCCUCGGCUUGCAGCGAGUCGACAGCUACGAAGAUUUACCUCCGUUCCUUGAACUCGACGAGGAAGAGGGAAGUGAGAAGGGAACAUCUGAGGGAGAAGGCGGCACAGAGACAGAGACAGCGGUGCAGAGGAGUGCAUCCGAAGACAGAAACGAAGAGAGAGACACCGACAAAAAAGUCCAAGACGCAGAAGCCGAACGCACCGGUGAGCACGGUGAAAGCGUCGAGGAAGGGGACACACGCAGCUUCGGUGAGCCGAAACAAGAGAGACGCCAGCAAGCAGAUGAACAGAUGCUCGCCAGGAAUUCAGGAAAAGCCGAAGAGUCGAACGCGAAUCCUGGGGACGGAAACACGCGUGAUGGAAAAGAAAAAAGGAGAGUGCAACCCAUGCUGCCUCCGUUAGCCCUUCCAGCGCCGGAGCUGGACGAGAUUCGAGGGGCUCUGAGAGAGAUACAUGCGCGAAAACCCGCGACACCCUUUUCGGAACGUGAACCCGGGCAGAGAAGAGCAACAAAAGUGCUUCUCGAAUCUCUGCUUCUUCAGCGACAGCCAUACAUGUAA